AUUUCUAUCCACCACCAUCUAAUAUCUAUAUAAACCACCACCAACCGUGGCUCAUUCUCAUCUUCAUCGAGAAAACAAAGCCUAGUAGCAGUCCAAUCACACGUCCAACCUCAGCUGCAACAAUGGCCACCAAGGUGUUCGUUCCCCGGGUCGAGAGCCUAGCAAGCAGCGGCAUAGACCAAAUCCCCACCGAGUACGUGCGGCCCGAGUCAGAGCGAGACCAUCUCGGCGACGCUUUAGAAGCUGAGAAGAAAUCAAUUAACGGUCCACAGAUACCCAUCAUUGACAUCAAGAUGUUCGACAGCGACGAUGAGGCUGUGCGCAAGCAGUGCGUUGAGGAGGUGCGCUCUGCCGCUGUGAACUGGGGAGUCAUGCACAUCGUUGGACAUGGCAUACCAGCUGAACUCAUUGAUAGUCUCCGUGAGGCUGGCAAACGGUUCUUUGAUUUGCCAUUGGAGGAGAAGGAGAAGUACGCAAAUGACCAGUCUUCAGGGAUGAUACAAGGCUAUGGGAGCAAGCUCGCUAACAAUGCAUCUGGCCAGCUUGAGUGGGAGGACUACUUCUUCCACCUUAUGUUUCCUGAGAAUCAGACUAAUUUGUCCAUUUGGCCUCGUUAUCCACCAGAUUAUAUUAAAGUAACAAAAGAGUUUGCCAAAGAGCUCCGGGUUGUGAUGACAAAGAUGUUCAAUCUCCUUUCCCUCGGCGUCGGACUCCCGGCCGAGAAGCUGGAGGCUGAAGCAGGUGGAAUGGAGAACAUUCUCCUCCAAAUGAAGAUAAACUACUACCCAAAGUGUCCUCAACCCAGCCUAGCCGUUGGCGUUGAAGCGCACACAGACGUCAGCCACCUAUCCUUCAUCCUCCACAACAACGUCCCCGGCCUGCAGGUCUUUUACGAAGGCAAGUGGGUCUCGGCCAAGUGUGUGCCUGACUCCAUUGUCGUCCACGUAGGUGACUCGCUUGAGAUCCUCACCAAUGGCCUGUACAAGAGUGUGCUCCAUCGUGGGCUUGUUAAUAAGGAGAAGGUGAGGAUAUCUUGGGCUGUGUUUGCCGAGCCAGACAAGGAGAAGGUGCUGCUGCGCCCGUUGCCUGAACUCGUGAGCGAUGACGUUCCGCCCAAGUAUGAACCGCGCACUUUCGCGCAGCAUGUGCGCCAGAAGCUCUUCAAGAAAGAGCAGGAGGCUGCUACUAAAUGAUCCACUGGGGUUAAUAUAUAUAGUAAGAUAUAUAUAUAUAUAUAUAUAUAUAUAUAUAUGAACAUCUGCCUUCUUUGAUCAUGUGUUGUUGUGUACCUUUUUUAUCUGUAGGAAGGAUUUGUUUCAGGUGAGUGGGUCAGGGAUGAUGCAUGCAUGGUCAUUGAGUCAGUCUAAAAUAAAUUUAUGAGUCGGACGUUCUACUUCACAAAUUAAUUAGUCCGUAAAUUUUAUAAAUGGACUAUAUAUAAAAAAAUAAUAUCUGUUUCAUUGGAAUAAAAUUUUAAUAACGGUUGUUCUUAAA